AUGCCUGUUCUGUUGAGAAAGCGAGCCCGCCACGGUCGCGCCCACAGACGCAACUCCAAGGAAUUCCUUGCGUCGCCAUACGUCAAAGGCUGUCCUACCACGCCAAAGCAAUUGUUUCGGAAGGGGCUGAGAUGGCAGAAGUGGCUACCAAGUAAACAAACAGACCAGAAGUUCGUUCCCGGUUCUGGUCAGGCAGGUACCUCGCAACAACCUAGUGACCCCCCAAAUCCACCCGACUAUGAGGUCUGGUUGAUUCAUUCUGCACAAUCCUCCCACCACAGCCAAAUCAUCACAAUGGCUACAGUGCUGCCUCAGAAGCGUGUGCUUGGGGAGACACCAAGCACCCGUCGCAACAUCCCGUCGACGCCCUCGUCCCUAAAGAAACGCAAAGUCGAAGGGUUCUCGUCCUCACCCGCCCGCCAUGUCGGCUCCCAGAAGAAUGCGAAGAAUCUCCCGGGCUCUAGUCAACCCAAGAGCGCCUUCGAAUCAGAAGUCCUCGAGAAGUUGAGCCAAGACAUCUCUGAACUCAAGCAGAACAAUACCGAGAAGGACCAAGCAUGGGAGCGACCUCCUCUCGUCGACUUCAAUCCGGCCAGGGACAGCCUGACCUUCCAGCAAAUUGAGGCAGAGGAGGGCAGCUUACAUGGUGGCCGAGCAACAGUCAAGCUGUUUGGUGUUACUGAGCAAGGUCACUCAGUGAUGCUGCACGUCACAGACUUUAAACACUACUUAUAUGUCGCCGCCCCGGUGGCAUUCCGACCCGAAGACUGCAAUGCCUUCAAGGCCUAUCUCGAGUCACAAGUAGCACAGCACCAGCCUUGCAUUCACUCCGUUGCUUUCCUGAUGAGGGAGAACAUCUACGGAUUCCAAGGAAAUGUCAAGAGUCCUUACCUCAAGGUCACUGUCAUGGACCCCAAGUUCAUCGCCAGGGUUCGGACAACGAUCGAGUCGGGCAAUGCCAACUGGAAGGGUCUGUGGAAGGGCAUGGAUGGUGGUAUCAUGACAUUCGACAAUAUUCAAUAUGUCCUCCGCUUCAUGAUUUUCGGAAUGUCUUGGGUUGAAGCUCCCGCAUCAAAAUACCAGGUCCUACACCAGUCUCAACGACAAUCGAACUGCCAAAUCGAAGCCGAGAUCAAUUACCUCGACCUUGUUGCUCACAAGCCGGUGGGAGAGUGGUCCAAGAUGGCUCCCUUGAGAAUCAUGUCGUUCGAUAUCGAGUGCGCUGGACGUAAGGGAAUCUUCCCCGAGGCGACACACGACCCCGUCAUCCAGAUUGCGAACGUCGUCACAAGAUACGGAGAAAAGAAGCCCUUCGUGCGGAAUGUCUUCUGCUUGGAUAAAACCAGUCCUAUCGUCGCCACACAGAUUCUCGAGUUCCAAAAGGAGGAGAAGAUGCUCAGCGAGUGGCAGAAGUUCCUCAUCAAAGUCGACCCAGAUAUCAUCAUCGGAUACAACAUUGCCAACUUUGAUUUCCCUUACCUCCUCGACAGAGCGAAGACAUUGAAGGUUGGAGGAUUCGAGUACUGGUCUCGACUUCCAAGCAUCCCUUCCAGGGCCAAGGAGACCAACUUCUCCAGUAAGCAGAUGGGCAACCGCGACAGCAAGGCCACCAAUACCAACGGACGUUUGCAACUCGAUUUACUACAGCUCGUCCAACGCGACCACCACCUUCGAAGUUACACGCUCAACUCUGUAUGCUCCCAAUUCUUAGGAGAGCAAAAGGAAGAUGUUCACUACACUAUGAUCACGGAACUGUUCAACGGUACCCCUGAAUCACGCCGACGUCUCGCCCUGUACUGUUUGAAGGACGCAUACCUCCCGCAGCGUCUCAUGGACAAGCUGUCUUGUCUCGAGAACUACACUGAGAUGGCAAGAGUCACAGGAAUUCCUUUCAACUUUCUGCUCUCCAGAGGGCAGCAAGUCAAAUUCAUCAGUCAGCUUUUCCGGAAAGCCCUCGAACAGAAGCUGGUCAUCCCCAACAUGAGAUCCGAGGGUAGUGACGAGCAGUACGAAGGUGCCACGGUCAUCGAGCCGACCCGAGGAUAUUAUGACGUGCCUAUCGCAACCCUCGAUUUCGCUUCCCUAUACCCGAGUAUCAUGCAGGCCCACAACCUUUGCUAUACGACACUAGUCAACAAGAAGGCCAUUGAGAAGUUUGAUCUGAAGAAGGACGAGGACUACAUUGUCACCCCGAACGGCGACACCUUUGUGACUGCCAAUAAACGCAAGGGUCUCCUUGCUCAGAUUCUCGAGGAACUUUUGACCGCAAGAAAGCAGGCCAAGCGUGAACUGGCUGGAGAAACAGAUCCUUUCAAGAAAGCAGUGCUGAACGGUCGACAACUGGCUUUGAAGAUCAGUGCCAACUCUGUGUACGGACUCACGGGUGCGACAACUGGCAAGCUGCCUUGUCUUGAAAUCGCCAGUAGCACAACGGCUUUUGGCCGACAGAUGAUUAUGAAGACGAAAGAGGAGGUGGAGAAGAAAUACUGCAUUGCCAACGGAUACACCCAUGACGCUCAGGUCAUUUAUGGUGAUACUGACUCUGUCAUGGUCAAGUUUGGCACCAAAGACCUUCCUGAGGCGAUGAAGUUUGGCGAGGAAGCUGCCAAUUUCGUCUCUUCCAAGUUCGUCAAGCCGAUCAAGUUGGAGUUCGAAAAGGUGUACUACCCGUACCUACUCAUCAACAAGAAACGCUACGCCGGCCUGUACUGGACGAAUCCCAAUAAGUAUGACAAAAUGGAUACGAAGGGUAUCGAGACAGUUCGACGAGACAACUGCUUGCUCGUGCAAACCGUCAUUGAGAAGGUGCUUCGAAUGAUGCUUAUCGACCAAGAUGUCCAAGGAGCGCAAGACUACGUCAAAGAUACGAUUGCAGACUUGUUGCAAAACAAGGUUGAUAUGUCGAAGUUGGUCAUUACGAAGGCGCUCACCAAAGAUGACUAUGCAGCCAAACAGGCUCACGUCGAGCUCGCUCAGAGAAUGAAGAAGCGCGAUGCAGGCUCGGCACCAGGUCUAGGUGAUCGAGUUGCCUACGUGAUGAUCAAGGGUGCGGCAGGCGCAAAGAACUACGAGAAGUCUGAGGAUCCCAUUUACGUCCUUGAGAACAACGUACCGAUCGACACCCGAUACUAUCUUGAUAAUCAGCUUGCGAAGCCCUUGGGCAGAAUCUUCGAGCCCAUCCUAGGUGAGACGAAGGCGAACUCGCUGCUCACGGGAGCGCACACACGCACAAUUGCAGUAUCGGCGCCGGCCGUCGGAGGCCUGAUGAAGUUUGCAAAGAAGACGCAAACAUGCAUGGGAUGCAAGAAGCCACUGAGAGGCAAGGAGGAGAGCGCGGGGGCAGUGUGCUCGGAUUGCGCGCCUCGGGUCGGCGAAUUAUACAAGAAGACACUGGACAAGACGUCGGAUCUCGAGGUGCGGUUCGGCCGGCUCUGGACGCAGUGCCAGCGGUGUCAGGGCAGCAUGCACUGCGAAGUGAUUUGCAGUAGCAAGGACUGCCCCAUCUUCUACAUGCGUAUGAAGGCGAAGAAGGACUUGGAAGAUGCAGGGAAGGAGCUGAAGAGGUUCGACUUUGACCAGGCGGCAAUCUGGUAG